GAGAGAGAGAGAUGAAUGUAGAGUGAUGGGACCCGGCUGAGGGAACGGUAGCGAGUGAUCACUCUCCGAGCUGUUAAUGACAGGUAGGCAGAUGUGAAGGAUGACUUCUUGCUCAGAGAUGUGUGGGUCCGAGUAUGGUGAACAAGCUCAAGCCAGCGGGAAUUGCCAGCAGUAUGGAGUCCGCUCUUACCUACACCAGUUUUAUGAGGAGUGCACCGCUUCCAUCUGGGAACGUGAUGAAGAUUUUCAGAUUCAGAGAUCGCCUAGCAGGUGGAGCUCUUUACUCUGGAAGGUCUGUCUCGCGUUCGGAUCCCUGAUAUUGUUUGCAGGACUCAUUGUUGUUUUGGUGGGUUAUGCCACCCCAACCAGGAUCGAAGCAUUUGGCGAAGACGAUCUCCUUUUUGUUGACAGCCACGCCGUCAGUUUCAACCGCGCAUUGGAUGUCUGCAAGCUGACCGGUGCCGUACUGUUCUGUGUGGGAGGCACCUCCAUGGCCGUGGGUCUCCUGCUGUCCGCCUUCGCCAAGAGCUACUCCAAAGAAGAACUGUACCUGCAGCAGAAGUUCAAGGAGAGGUUGGCAGAUCUGCACGCGACAGUUGGUACCCCCAUCAUGAAAGCACCGACUCCCGGAGAGGGAAAGGUGCCAGUCACACUUUCCAAAGUUCAGAACAUACAGCCAGUGACCGUGAAGUCGGAGACCUGACAGAAGAACCGAUGAAGGCGUGAAAUGAAGAAGAGUGUGUGUGAAGAUGAUGGAUUUAGUGUGCAGACUGUGUGUGAGUGUGCGUGUGUUUUGAUUUAUGUGCAUUUUCUCUCUCGAAAGGUCAGCUUACAUGAUUGAUCGUAUUAGUUUGUCAUCUUUAUUGGCCGUGUUUGACAUUAAAGCUUUAUUUGGGAGUUAUAUAGGGGCAGUUAUUAUAGCGUUUACGUACGCCUUGUGUUUGAACAACAUCGUGAUCUGACGAAGCUCUCGUGCAGGACUUGAGGCCGACCCAGAAAUACAAACCACAGAAUCAAAUUAAUAGAACGACAACAUUGUAGCUUCGUAUUUCUACUGUACAGGAAGAUGGCAUUGACUGCUUUGAGGGUGGAGAGCAGCAGAUGCAGUGUGUUGUUUCAAAGUUAAUGGUGAUUGGCCCCCAUUGCCAGAAAAUGAUCACAAGCAGCACUGAACACAACAAGCGUUAUGUCAUUGCCGAUGGUGUCAUCUAAAAGCUGUCAAUCACAAACGCACAAUACAUGUGCUUUACCGUCGCUGGAUACUUCUUUUAAUUUCUGCUUACAGAGGGAGAAGUCUUUGCUAGACGUUCACACAUCCUCAGUACAGAUGAGAGAUAAACACUGACUCGAGCAGACCUUCAGGGUAGAUUUCACACAAGCAUUUCUUCCGUCUUGUUAGUUGACCGACCUUGUCUCCUUCAGCGACUCUUUAAACACGAUCGACAGACGAGACCAGACAGACUGACGAAAGCUACAUUCAACCAGACGUAACGUGCAGAACGACAUAACGAAAUGCUAAUCAGGCAAAUCACUUUCUUCACAACACGAAUGAGGCAUUCAUCUUUUCUCUUAUGUACAUUAAUAUCUUUAAUCCCAAACGCUUCAUUGCAACAUGUUCUUGCUUUAUUAGCGUCCUUCUCUCCCUGUGACAAUCCCAAGCACGUGAACACGGCAUCCAGGCGUGCUCAUUUCUACACUAACCAGUUGGUUAGAAAGAAAGAAAAACAAGUUCAGGUUCUGCGAGUUGAAACGAAGACAGAGCGACCAAAGUGACGGGUUAAGUUACGUAACAAGGGGCAUGAAGAGAACACACUCGGCUCUCCGGCGAGAUCACAACAGCUACGUCAAGUUUGACAUUUCCCUGUCUGGAUGCUUUCGACACACUAACUGUCGUCAUGCUAGCAAAGGGAACUUGAAACUACAUUAUGCAGCAAGCGGAAUAGCUUACAUUGUGUAUGUAUCAUCAAAGCUGUCUUUUAACUGGCUGCCUGUUUACGUGCAGACAUUACAGGGGAACAGAAGUAAUGUCAAGCAGGUUUUCAUUUCAUAUAUACAAAUAUAUAUUUCGAUUUGCACUUUGUUUUAUUACUCAUUGUAACUUUAACUUAGAAUUAACAAUGAGUUGGUAAUAGUCAUGUUUUGCUGCUUUUCAAAAUGCUGUGUUUAUAUAUGUAUUUUAAUAAUUUUUUUAAUAUUGUGACCCUGUCACUUUUAAUUGUUGUGUUUGUUGUUGCUUCUUCUUUGUUCAUUUUGAAUUAAUUACACAGAAACAGUACUGGUGUUUUUCUUUUUUUACUGUACUUGGUUAGAACAAUCCGUUUUGUGGUAGUCACAGUCCAGCUGCAGGUCUUUCCAAACAAAUCAUCCUCUUCAAAUCCAUGUCAGAUACAUACUGUGUGAAAUAAUAUAUGUUUAUAUACUGGUCCUAUAAACAUAAAGAGUAUACUAUUAAUAUAUCACAGACUCCACUCUAGUCUGUUAUGUUAAAGCAUUUGGUGUCGGACACAACACAAACAUGUAGCUUUUUAACUAUGUAGAACAUUCUAAUAAUAAUAACAAUAAAUACAUGUUUUUUACACAACCACCAUCAAGCUGCAAAGAAAAAACUGUUAAACAAUCGGUUAUCAACAAACCCCUCCUGUGUUGCCAGAGCGUUAUUAAAUAAUCAAGAAAUCUGCUGACUUGUAGUUCCAUGCUGUGAAUUGUGUUUUUAUUUUUUUUUAUUUUGACAUUGACCACAUUUUAAUUUUACAUAACAAUCCCAAAUUCACAAUGGAUAUUUGUCUGCUCCUAAUCUGACAAUUUCCCAGUUUAAGUGUCUCCUGAUGUAAAAGUAGAUUCUCCCAGUAAAUGAAACAUGUAUUCUGUACCUAUUGGAGGUUGGAUUGAAUAAAGAACAAAUAUAUAUCAAUGUC